AUGUUUCCUAAGCUUGGUGGCCUUUUGGCUUCUACCCUGGCAGUGUUUCCGUUCAUUGAGUCAUGUAGCCCCGUAGUUCCUCACUAUUUCCGGGCCGCUGAUGUCUCACGAACUGUCACCCUGGCGCAAGUACAAAACGACCUCGGAAAGUUUCUUUCCAAGGGCACUCAAAUUUUUGGCCCUUCUAGCCCUAAUUUUGCUAACGCUACUGAUAGGUGGGCUCAAAGCUCUAUGCCCGCUAAUAUCGAGGUUGUGAUUGAGGUAGCUCAAGAAGCCGACGUUGCAAAAAUUGUCCGCUAUUGCUACCAGAAUAGCAUUGACUUCUUGACGUAUAACCGUGGCCAUGGCCUCAAAAAUACACUCGCCAAGUUCCAGGGCAUUCAGAUCAACCUGUCACAACUUACUGGCAUCACUAUCCAGCCCGACAGGAACUCUGCGUUGUUUCAAGGUGGAGUAUAUGCCGAUAUAGUCAUUGAUACGCUCUGGGAACAGGGCUACAUUGUCAGCCAAUAUGGUCUCAUAUCUGACGAUUUUCUCAGCUUGAACGUCGUGCUAGCUAAUGGCACAACUGUUGCCGUUGAUUCUUCCUCACAUAGCGACCUGUUCUGGGCCAUGAAGGGCGCCGGCCACAACUUUGGCAUUGUCACCAGUGCUUAUAUCAAAAUUUACCCCAAAGUUGUCAGCACAUGGCACUACCACAAUUAUGUCUGGUCACAACAACAACUUGAAACUGUCUUUGAAGCACUCAAUAAAUUCCAAGGAAAGGGGCAAAUUCCUGCCCUUAUGGGUGUCAACUUUGGCCAAUUUUCCAUCUACCCAACUAUUAAUGCCACUGAGGCUAUUCUUACGUGGUCUUUUGCCUAUGAUGGUCCUGCUGCCGCUGCCGAAGAGCUUCUAGCCCCAUUCAACGCAAUUCCUAACAUCUCAAGCACUAUGGGCGACGUUGACUAUGCUGACCUACUUGUUGCCCAAGGAACAGAUUCCAACAGCGCGUCUUGUCAACCAGGGCCAUUUGUUGGCAGCAGCGCGUGGCUUCAGACAUAUAAUGUGACUUCCCAGCGGCAGAUAUAUAAUUCUUCCAACGAAAAGAUUGCUCAGAACCCUGGUCUUGCUGCUGGGGCUCGCGUUUUUCUCGAAGGGUAUUCGACAGAGGCUACGCAAGCCAUUGAUCCCGGCACUUCAGCCUACCCCCACAGAGACGAGUAUCUUCUUGUGUUCAUUCUCGUUGCCACACCGCCGUCAUUGGUGAGCUUCUCUCAAGCUUGGGCCGAUGAAACUUUGGCCCUUUGGAGAGAAAGUGAGCCUGGCCGUCGGCCCACGACAUACAUCAACUAUGCUGUCGGUAACGAGCCUCUUGAAUCGAUUUAUGGCUAUGCUGGACAAUUACCCAAACUUCGGGCUUUGAAGGCCAAGUAUGACCCCCAAAACAAAUUCAGGUGGUACAAUCCUGUUGUUACUGAUUGA